UACACUAGAACUUCAACUCCGCCCAAACGAAUACGUACCGUUCACCUCCCUCAUAUCCACUGUCGCCUUCGUUGCGCACUUCUCCUAACUAUGUCCUGUCCAUCUCAUUCCCAACAACGCGUUGGGGUUUCAAUAGUACGACCUUUCACGCAGCUCGUCAAGCAGGUUCUAACUAUCAAAAAUAAAAAUGCACAACCAGUAGCAUUCAAAGUUAAGACUACAGCGCCGAAGUUGUACUGCGUACGACCAAACUCUGGUAGGAUAGAGCCUGGUGAAAGUGUCGAUGUCUCCGUAUCCCUCAUCACACCCGAAAAGGAGACCAGAGAUUUACAGGAAUUCGUAAACGAGUGGAAAGUUUACCAACAAAAACUCCGUGUUGUAUACCUCCUCCUGAAGGACAAACUGUUGAAGAGGAGGAUGAGGGGACAUGUGGAGCCCCCUAUGCCUUCCCGCCCUAUUGCAGAGCACCUGGUGGAACCGUCUCCACGCCUUACUCCACCUAUGCCAGAAUUCUCUUAUGAUGACGCAGUUCAAGCUGCACAGCUCAAGCGAGAAGUGAACAGUUCUCAAGAGGCUGGUUCUUAUCGGGAGGAAUUCGAUUUCCAGAGAUCUACCAGUGGCGGAGUCGGCGUUGUCAACCGACUUCGGCUGCCCUCUAUUAACAAAGAAUUGGAAGCGAAGUAUAUCGCAGCUCAAGAUGAGAUACAGCGGCUUCGGGAUCUUCUUGCGGCUGUGCCAGACCCUAGCUCUUUGGCGCCAGAGUCCAUCGCACCUACCUCCAUCGCUCCCUCGGACUUCCGGAGGAGACAUACAUCAGCGCUCUCAGACGAUGGAGAGACGUACGCAGGAUCUGACGUCGGCACCAUGGUGGAGCAUGAUAGUGUUAUCCACCAAGAAGGCGUUCCACUACAGGUGGUUGUUAUUAUUGCGCUUGGCGUUUUUUAUCACAACGUAUCUAUUUUUCUAA